UUCAUUCUCAUUCUAUUCUAUUCUACUCUACUGUCCCAAAUAAACUGAUCAUGUUUCCCGCCAACACCACCACCUCUUCCGCUGAAUCCAAGAAAACCGGCCAUGGAACGUUAGGCCUUUCGGGUUUCGCGGCAUUCGGUCGCCCAGAUUCUAAUCCCUACGGUUAUGGGUCAUUUCAUAAUCAGUUUAAACCUUUCGAAUCGGCUUUCCGGCAGCCAAAUGAUAGUAGAGGUACUCCGGCGCCGCCGUUGUCGGAAAGAAAAGACGGCGGCGUGGCUUAUAAUUCGACUUCUAUCGAUGAACUAGAUUGGAGAGGAAAGAAAUGUGUUGGUAAAAUGAUUUCUAUUUCCGGCAUGCCUGUUUAUAACCUUAAAAGUCACGAAGAAUUGAGAUGGGAAGAUAAAGAUCUUUGUCGAGUUACAGGUUCAAUGCCGCCGCCUCCGCCGCCGACCACUUUUUUGCCGCCGGCGUUUUCUUCAGGCAAUAAAGAGUCGUCUUCUCCGGUAUAUGGUUCAUCGUUUUCAAUCCUUUCCACCAUAACCGGAUCAUCAACUUCUUCAGUUAUUUCCAAUAGUUUCUCCCCAUUGUCAUCCUUCUUUUCACCUCCGGCAAAAGUUUCCGGCACGUUCGCCGGAUUCGACUUAAUUCAGGCGACGACGAAGACAAAAGAUCCAUCAAGAUUGGAUCUUUCUUCUGGUUUUGAAGAUUUAACAGGCAAUGAAGUUAAAUCUAACAUAUUCCUUGAUCAAAAGAAUAUUAAUCAAGAACAACAGUUAGUUACAGAGAGCAAUGCUAACCCUUUUGGAAUCUUGCCCAUUGUUCACUAUGGAAUAUCGACCAUACCUGUACGACAAACGCAUGCUUCUCCGAAGAUCUCAUCUUACUUGAGUCCUCAUCGCUUGUCGCAAAGCAGGCGGACUAAAUUCGCGGUUCGAAAAUAUGAUCCCAAAUGUGAUCGUCCAAAGGUAGCGUUUUUCGCUGACGACGAAGGCAUAGCGAGGCCGGAUGUUUACCUGAUUCCGAGAGAGAAUCCGAGAGCUUUACUUAUGCGUAAAUGAGUAGACUCAAUUUGGAAGUGGGACGAUUAAUGUGCUUGUAUUGAUUUUAAACACAAUCAAAAGAUAUAAAAAAAUUGGUGAAUUUUAAUGUAAAAAAAUGGCAUCUUUUAAGUUGCUUUCUCUAUAAAGUUGUUGAAUUGAAACAUAUCUAUUAAGUUGUCAUGUGUAUCUAUUUUGUUUAAUUUAAUAAAAAUGUAU